AUGCCCCUUAGAUACAUUCGCCGGAAAGUGACCACUGAUAAUGCCGUCACCAUCGCGAUCGCGACAACAGCUGCUGCGACGAAUCUGGCAGGCAUCGCAGCUUUUCCUCCGGUAGCUGUCCCUGCGGCCAUUCUCUUGAAGAUAUUCCAAGUCAUUCAGGAUAUUAAGGCGAAUCAGGAGCAAUGCUACGACCUUGCGUUACGAUGCCUGUCGUUCCUGGAUCUCAUCAGGGACCAAGUACUGGAUCGCAACAGAGAUGUGCCUCUGUCCCUUGUGGAUGCGUUGCGAAAAUUUUCCCAGGCACUGGAAUCCAUUCAUUCCUUUCUCAUGAGUCAAGCUGAGAGCAACUGGCGGACGCGUUUGGUCCGCAAAGGGAGCGUGGAAGCUGCUUUGGCAGCUCUCAAUGCAGAACUCGAUGACACCUUCAACGCGUUCCAGGUAAUUGCUACAUUGAUCAACAUUCACUAUGCGAUAGGUGACAGACUGGUUGCAGGCGCUUCUCAUCAGGUCAACGCCGGGCGACAAGAUUCGAACUUCCCAUCCAUGGGCGGCGAAGCACAGACUAUCUCAAAUGUCUCUGACACUGAGGUGAUUUGCCCAUCACCAGCGCUGUCGCAUUAUGAAUUCGACCACUCUAGUCCAUCCUCAAGGCAGGCUUCUGACGAGUUGACUCUGAUCUAUGAGCCGCCGGUGGAUGCAGUCUCAUCCUGUGCGAGUGGCGAGUUCAAUCAUCUUGAGGAAGAACUUCGAGAACUCGAGGAUCAUGGAUUCCACCGCUAUGACCGCUCUGACCUUACCAUCAAGGGCAGCUCUUGCAUCAAAGAGGGCUGGUGGACCGGGACACGGCACGCUGAUGUCGAAGGACGUGCGCUCCUUGUUAAAAGUUAUGAUGAACCAAGAUAUGCCGCUUCAAAGAAAUGGAUACGCGACGUGAGGAUUCUUCAGAAUGUCUUCCACCCGAAUCUCCCACAGAUGGUUGGGUUCUCGGGCGAGGAAUGUCCGACACCUUUCAUUCUGCUUGCGAAUGUUCAGACAAGGCUUCCACAAGCAUUGGUCUUGGACAAACUUCAGCAUGGAACGCUCGCCGACUGCGUCCUGCUCAUCAGUCGUUUUUAUCUUGACCACAUGGAUGCAGCCUUAUAUCUGCAACAACAGCUACAUCUGUCCGACUCCAAGAUCCAAGACUACGUUGAGAACGCGAGCUAUCGUAUAGACGGUCCACAGACCCUCGUCAUGGGCUUACCUCCACCUGAAGUGGAUCGCUGGGUGUCGGCGCGAAACUACGAUCUGUCCCAUUCGGUCAGACGGGUAUACUUAGAUCUGCUCCCGAGCCGUGGGAUGGUGCCCGAGAAGCCUUACGAGAUGUCUGAGAUCACGACUACCAAUCUAGAAAUGCAGCGCAAAAUCAGUCAUCUCACGCACGCUUUGAACGUCAUUCUACCGAGUUCGCGUUCCGCCCCACGAAUUUCGGAGCUACAAGAGUUACUACAAACAGACGAGAACGAUGCAGAGUCGAUGGCUGCGUCACUGCACCUCCGGAAGCUGAAAGGCGUUGCGCGGGAGCUUCGUACCAACCCUCCUGUCUGGAGGGAAAAGCUCGUCCCCGCCUACACAUACUCGGUGGGCGACCUAGGGUACCUCGAGAGAAAGGGAGACUUUGCAUCUUUCAAAUUGAUUUGCAACAAUGGCGUCGCGGCCCACUCGUACACGUUCCACUGGACGCAUUCCCAUGUCCCGGAAACCGGCAAGGUCGUCGUAGAGCCGAACGCUAAUUACACUGUCACGGCUGUGCAUGAAGAGCAAGUGAAUCCUAUCGGUCCUGCUGGACAGUACGUCUUGGACUAUGGCCGGUAUUUUGCCAAGACACACGGAGUCGAUCCGGAUGACCUGAUGCUCAUCACCCGCGUAGGCGUAGAUCUUCGCUUCAGACUGAAAGGCCCUUUCAAGCCAUUUAUGCAUAACAAUUCGUCUUCAGCAUUCCCUCAACAUGGCUUCGGACAACACUCUCACAUGUCGCGUGGGUUCGGUCACGCCGGGGGAUUUGCACACCAUCCACACGUCGGUCACCACUUCGGGCAGCCCCCUACUCCGCCAACCAUCGUCUACAUAUCAACCUCCAUUGACAAGGCCAGUUCGCCAACUUGGUCGCAAAGCCCGGUGUUCGAUCUGCAGGCGGAGCCGUCUCAUAACGUAGCGGGCUGUACGAUUGGAGCAGAGGCGUGA